AACGCACUUCACUACUGUCCACAACAUGAGGAGCACAUCUGCAUGCAGAUGUGUAAUGUGAGAAUAAUGUGGUGGCGCGUCUGCAUAAUCAGUGAACGGGACCAGAGACCAGUCCGGACCGGUUGGUUAGUCCAGUGUGAAGACAUGGAGCAGUACAGCAUCCUCGGUCGGAUCGGAGAAGGAGCUCACGGCAUCGUCUUCAAGGCCAAACACAUCGAAACAGGAGAGACGGUGGCUCUGAAGAAGGUGGCCCUGAGGAGACUGGAGGACGGCAUCCCCAACCAGGCUCUGAGGGAGAUCAAGGCCCUGCAGGAGAUCGAGGACAACCAACAUGUGGUGAAGCUGAAGGACGUCUUCCCUCACGGUACGGGCUUCGUCCUGGUGUUCGACUUCAUGCUGUCCGACCUCUCUGAGGUAAUCAGGAACUCCGAGCGACCUCUGACCCCGGCUCAGGUCAAAGGUUACAUGAUGAUGCUGCUGAAGGGCGUGGCCUUCCUGCAUCACAACAACGUCAUGCACCGGGACCUGAAGCCAGCAAACCUCCUCAUCAGCUCUUCAGGUCACCUGAAGAUCGCAGACUUUGGUCUGGCCAGAUUGUUCAGUGAGCAGGGAGACCGCCUGUACAGCCACCAAGUGGCCACCAGGUGGUACCGAGCGCCUGAGCUGCUGUACGGAGCCAGAAAGUACGACGAGGGAGUCGACCUGUGGGCGGUGGGCUGUAUCUUUGGCGAGUUGUUGAACUCGUCUCCUCUGUUUCCUGGAGAGAACGACAUUGAGCAGCUGUGUUGCGUCCUGCGAGUGCUGGGAACCCCGACUCAGGACAGCUGGCCUGAGAUGGUGGAGUUGCCAGAUUACAAUAAAAUAACCUUUAAGGAGAAUCCAGCAAUCCCAUUGGAAGAGAUCGUCCCUGACACGUCCCCUCAGGCCAUCGACCUGCUCUAUAAGUUUCUGGUUUAUCCGUCCAAACAGCGCUGCUCUGCCAGACAGGCCCUCCUCCACCCGUACUUCUUCUCCUCUCCUCUUCCUGCUCACCACUCUGAGCUUCCCAUCCCUCAGAGGGGGGGCCGCCCUCCCCGCCAGCGCCUGCAGGCCCCGCCCACUGACUUCUCAUUGGACCUGCCCCUGCAGAGAAGCCUGGUGGACCCUGCGCUGCUGCAGAGACACGCCUCUCGCUUCUGACCGACUGACCAGUCAUCUUUCUCCUUCAGCGAGUCUGCUGAGGUCACUUUCACGCUGAAAGAUAUUUUUCAGCUGUAAAACUGGUUUCCACGGAGUCUCCUGCAGGAAUACGAUGAGAGAAGCACAAGAUAAAAAGUAAAUAACAGGAAACAGAAAACAACAAAUGCGGGAGGAAACUACAACAAAACUUAAUGGCAAAGAGAUCCGAAAAAUAUGACAAUUUGUCUGUUUAGCUUGGAAUUAAGUUGCAGCUUAAGUUCGGACUGUUGGGCUGCUGUGAAGCAAGUCGCUCACAGUGAAGAUGUCUUCUUAUUCUCCUCCGGCUCGCAGUGAGUCACACGUACCUUCAUGUUUACCUCUCACUGUUUAAACAACAAGUAAAAACACUUCUGUCCCAGGUGAACACCUGGACAGGAGGGGAGGAGGGACAAACAGUACGGGGAGCACACAUGGACAUAACAAGUACAAGACCGUGACAAGAAGAAAACCUUCAGUAAUUAUGGGAACAUUUAAGGAACCCUUAAGAAACUCCUGAAGACACACUGUGCUGUGUUCAUGGACCGUGGGAGAAAAUGUGUCCUCAUAGAAAACAACAGGGAAUGUGGAUCUUUCACAUCAGUUUCAAGGACUGCCUGUGGGACUCGCAUGGUCCUGCUGCUGGUCAGGACUCCAGAGUCCACAGGUGUUGCACCCUGGACUCCAGACCAGCAGCUUCACCUUGAGGAAGUACUCACAUCCUUUGCAAAUGUCAAAGUAUUCAUUAGUAUUCACAAGCAGUAAAACGUUGGCAGUACUUUAAUGCUGUAGUUGGUUGAAGUGGGCCUGCUUUGACUGCAGUUCUAAUACUGCAUCAUAUUGUAACAGACAUAUGAAGUAGCAGUAAAGUGAGCCACAAGUACCUCAAA